GGUUUGGAGAGUGAAUCCUGAUCCUCACAUAGCUGAAACUCCAGAACAAGUGAAUAGGCCUUUCUUCCCUGGAAGAAUUGGGCUGGUUUGGAGAGUGAAUUAUCACCACUUCUGCCCCUCAGGCUGAGACUCCAGAACAACUGAAUAGGCCUUUUUCCCUGGAAGAUUGGAGGCAGAGGUCAGUGAGCAACAGAAGCCUCAGGUCAGGAGAGAAAGGAGCAGGGGACCAGCUGUGAUGGCUUCAGGAAUCCUGGUGAACAUAAAGGAGGAGGUAACAUGCCCCAUCUGCCUGGAGCUCCUAACAGAACCCAUGAGCCUGGACUGUGGGCACACAUUUUGCCAAGCCUGCAUCACUACAAACAACAGGGCGUCCAUGAUUGGCCAGGAGAGCUGCUGCCCUGUGUGCAGGACCAGUUACCAGCCUGAGAACCUGCGUCGUAAUCGACAUGUGGCCAACAUUGUGGAGGCGCUUAGAAAGGUCAAGUUGAGCCCACAGGAGGAGCAAAAGAGAGAUCUCUGUGUGCGCCAUGGAGAGAAACUCCUGCUCUUCUGCCAGGAGCAUGGGAAGAUCAUUUGCUGGCUUUGCGAGCGGUCCCAAGAGCACCGUGGUCACCACACCUUCCUCAUAGAGGAGAUUGCCCAGGAGUACAAGGAAAAGCUCCAGGCAGCUCUGGACAGGCUGAAGGCAGAGCAGCAGAAAGCUGAAAAAUUGGAUGUUGACCUUGAAGAAGAGAGAACUUCCAAGAAGGAUAAAAUAGAAAAUGACUUGAAAAGUGUCCAGGAUUAUUUUAAACAACUGAGAAGAAUCCUGGCCAGUGAGGAGCAAAAGGAGCUGCAAAGGCUGGAGAAGGAGGCGGCAGAGAAUCUCGAUGAUCUGGCUCAGGCUGAGAGUGAGCUGGCCCAGCAGAGGAAGUUGCUGAGAGAUCUCAACUCAGAUCUGGAGCAUCGGUUGCAGGGGUCAACAGUAGAGAUGCUGCAGGAUGUGAAAGGCAUUAUGGAAAGGAGUAAGACCUUCACUCUGAAGAAGCCAAAAACUCUCCCCAUGAAGCAAAGGAGAGUGCUCCAAGCUCCUGACCUGGGAGGGAUGCUACAAGUGUUUAAUGAAUUCCCAGAUGUGCGACGCUACUGGGUACACGUGACCCUGGAUCCUCCCACGGAUAAAUCCUAUAAUGUCAUUUCUGAGGAUCGGAGACAAGUGAGACCUGUACCUUUAUUGUAUAUCUUAGCUGAUAAAACAAAUUUUGGUGUCCUGGGAUCACCUUCUAUCACAUCAGGGAAGCAUUACUGGGAGGUGGAUGUGUCACAGAAACAUGCUUGGAUUAUGGGGGUAUAUGAAGAAAAAUACCCUGACUCCAAUAGGAUGGAUUUUAUAAGACAAAUUAAAAAUAGUCAACCUGUUUGCUCUAUAUUUCAACCUAAAUAUGGCUACUGGGUAAUAGGGCUACAGAACCAUUCUGAAUAUAAGGCUUUUGUGGAUUCUGACUCCUCUGACCCCAUGACCUUAACCCUGUUCCUAAGUGUUCCUCCCCGUCGUGUUGGAGUUUUCCUAGACUAUGAUACUGGCACUGUCUCAUUUUUUAACAUCACUAACAAUGGGCUUCUCAUAUAUAAAUUCUCUUCAUGUUCCUUUUCUCAGAAAAUGUUUCCGUAUUUCAAUCCUAUGAAAUGCCCUGCUUCCAUGACACUGUGUUCUCCAGGUUCUUAAACCUCUUACACCCUCACCCACUUCUCUGGAGUGCCUGUUGCCAUGGGUGCAUCUAAUGAGCUGAGCUCACCUGCACUGUUCUCACCAUCUUUUCCGCACUUGUUUUUUCCCAUUUGAACACGCUUCAUUCAUCAAUAGGGUGUAAAAUUUGCCUCGUGCCAUAUUUCUCCCAAAAUCUUAUUUGCAUUCAUAGAGAAUCCUUUCAUCAGUUUUAUCAUCUUAAGGAAAAUAACUAAUGCCUCAUAAAAAAUGACAUGUAUGGAGGUAACAUCUUUACCAAGUUCUACAAUCUCAUGUCCUCUGCCCCUGACUGAGAAGAUGAAGGAAAGCUUUUCAACAACUUUUAUUGAAGACUUGAAUAGAAGUCAUUCACUACAGAAUGAAUUCUCAGAGGUCUAUUUACCCAUGAUGUUUGUUAUUCAUCAAGGAGUGAAGAAGAAAAUAUUAAAUAUGGGUUUCUUAAUUGAUUUCUUAGAGAGAGAGGAAGGGAGAGGUAGAGAGAGAUAGAAACGUUGAUGAGAGAAAAACAUUAAAGGGCUGCCUCUUGCAUGUCGCCUACUGGGGAUUGACCUUGUGUCCAGGAAAUGUGCACUGACUGGGAAUUGCACCAGCGACCUCUUAGUGCACGGGUCAGUGCUCAACCACUGAGCAACAUCAGCCAGGCAAUAAGAAAAUAUCAUAAAUAAUAUGUACUAAGAGUGUAAGUUCUGUGUCCUCAUUUCUGAGUUCAUGUCCAAUUUCUCCAAAUAUCACAGUGAAUUUUGAAUAAAAUAUCUGAAUGGCGAUUUGUUUUCUUUAAAUAAUCCUGGUAAUAAAACCAUACCAUAGUUAGUAUCACUGUGAGAAGAAAAAUGUCAUUAAGUAUAUAACAUGUAAGUGUCUCAACUGAAUAAAUAUUUUCUCCACUAAUUACUGAGAAAUCUAAGCUGUGUCAGUGUGUCAUGAAACAGGUUUUGCUUUCAGGGGCACAAGGGUGGUUUUUACCAAAGUCUCAUGUUUCAGAUCCCAGGUAUCCCUGUGCUGCUGUCUAGAGUACUCCAGCUCUGCCAGUGUUAGACAAGACUGUGUGUAUGAGUGAAAAUUUUAUUAUAAGUCUGGUGUUACUGCAUAUUAGCCUUGAUCAAAUAGUCUAAAUUGUACACAAUUCAGUUUCACAUUUAUAAAAUAAUAUGAAAUUUACCUGAUGUAUUAUUGUGAAAAUUAAACCAUAGAAUAUUUUCAGUAAUUUCUUUCCUGGCUAGCACAUAAUUAGUCAUCAAGUAUACUGUUGAUCCAUUUUUGUUUACCCCUCACUGUGACUGAAAUAAAUGAUUUUAAGAAUA